AUGUACACCAACGUGGGCGGCACUUACUACCAGACAACGCAAGGGGCUCAGGUAGCCCAAACCCUAAUGCCUGUUGUAUCAUCAGUGCAGACACUUCAGGGACAGAUCAUCCAGCAACCAGGUGGAGGGGCAUUUCUGAUACAAAGUGGCACAGUUGAUAGUGACGGAACCCCACUGACACACACAACUAGAGCUUCACCUGUGACGAAUCACAUCCCCCUGGCAGAGCUGAGCAAUCUGCAUUCAAAAGAGGUCCAGUGGCUGAUUGACAACUACGAGACAGCAGAGGGAGUCAGCCUUCCGCGGAGCACCUUGUAUUACCACUACUUGCGGCAUUGCCAGGAGCAAGGUCUUGAUCCAAUGAAUCCAGCUUCCUUUGGCAAACUGAUUAGAUCUGUGUUCUUGGGACUCCGUACCAGACGGCUGGGUACCAGAGGUAACUCAAAGUACCACUACUAUGGCAUACGGAUCAGGGCCAACUCGUCCUUGAAUCAGUUCACAGAUGACCAGACUAUGGCUUUGAGGCAGCAACCCAUGUACACAAGUAAAAAAUUAUCAAGUCAAAAGCAAGAAGGUGCUGAAGGGGAUACAGGACAAACUGGCACAACAGGAGGGCAGACAGAUGCUUCACAUUCACAACAGCAGCAGCACACACAGUUUCUUGGGGAUGCCUCUCAUGCACUACCCUCUUUUGGGAGUGUCAGUAUGGGCUCCAUCCCAUUACCUGAUGGGUGUGAUGUUGAAGAUGUUCGCACCUUUGAAAAGAUGUAUAGGGAACAUGCAGAGGCUGUGGUUGAUGUGGUUGUGAAUCUUCACUUCAACUUGAUAGAGAAUUUGUGGCAGACAUUCUGGAGAAACCCAACACCAGAAUCUAUUAAUCUCGAUCCUGUUGAAAAAAUGGAAAAGCGAAUGCCUAAAGAGAAACUGUUUGCACUGUGUCGUUAUGAGCCACUGCUGAACUGGGUCCGCAGAUCAGACUAUGCAUUUUACCAGGCGUUGGUGGAGGUUCUAAUUCCUGAUGUGCUGCGACCGAUACCCAGUUCCCUAACUCAGGCCAUCCGAAACUUUGCCAAAAGCUUGGAGGGGUGGCUGAAGAAUGCUAUGCAAACUAUUCCAGAGGAGAUGGUGAAAACCAAGCUCGGAGCUGUAUGUGCCUUUGCUCAAACUUUGAGACGUUACACCUCAUUGAAUCACCUGGCCCAGGCAGCUCGAGCUGUGCUACAGAACACGUCACAGAUCAACCAGAUGCUCACAGAUCUCAACAGAGUGGACUUCACCAAUGUCCAGGAACAAGCAUCCUGGGUGUGCCAAUGUGAAGACUCUUUAGUCCAGCAGCUAGAGCAGGACUUCAAGGCCACCCUCAAACAAGGCAACUCCCUGGAGCAGUGGGCCCAGUGGCUGGAAGGUGUCGUCAACCAGGUGCUGAAGCCCCACGAAGGCAAUGAGAACUUCCCAAAGGCAGCCAGACAGUUUUUGCUCAAGUGGUCUUUUUACAGUUCGAUGGUGAUCAGAGACUUGACACUUCGAAGUGCAGCAAGUUUUGGCUCAUUUCAUCUGAUCAGACUCCUCUAUGAUGAGUUCAUGUUCUACCUGGUCGAGCACAAGGUGGCCAGUGCUACAGGACAGACACCUAUAGCUGUCAUGGGAGAGGUAAGACAGUUCCAUGACCUGAGCAGUGCUGUCAACCUGUCAUCCAUGGAUAUGAAUGAUGAUGAUGAAUCUUCAGACUCCUCUCAGCCUUCGUGUUUAGCACCACAACACCAAGUAAUCCAGCGGGUCACCAUGGUGUCAGCACCCUCUACACAUCCCUCACCCACUGCCCUGAUGCUGGUCACAUCAAACACAGCAGGGGCGGGUCUGGUGGCACAACCUGCCGUUGCUGUGCGCCAAACUGCUAUUGGACAAACUGGUGCCCCGACGGCCAUCACAGUCAGACCCACAGCAAAUGGGAUUGGAGCCGCAGGAGGGUUGGUGGUCCUGUCUGGCACCACCAUGGCCGGAUCGACCCCGUUACAUUCUGUGAGUGUCCCUACUCAAGGUGGACUUCCAGCAACAUUAGCUGUUCGUACAGCCACAACUGCUAACCCAAAUGCAAACAAAACACACACAAUCCUGGUCAUGCCGGUUUCCAACACAAGUGCAGCAGAAGUGCCCGCGGUGAAGAGAAUAAAAACAGAAUAG